UACUUUCUUUUUAUUUCUCUCUCUACUCGAUUAACUCCAUUUUCGGCUAUCACUACCAGACGUUAACGGAACGCCGGAGACUCACCUAACGGCGACGGUAACGGCGGCAGAAAAGCAAAUUAGUGACCGGAGGUUUUUCAAUUCGAGGAGGCAAUGCAAGUGGAGAGUGCUACUAGAAAACCGAGAAUUCUGCUUGCCGCAAGUGGAAGUGUGGCUGCGAUAAAGUUCGGGAUCCUGUGCGGCUGUUUUUCAGAUUGGGCGGAUGUAAAAGUUGUUGCAACGCAGGCGGCUUUACAUUUUAUUGAUAGAACAACACUCCCAAAAGAUGUGGUUCUAUAUACAGAUGAGCAUGAAUGGUCAACUUGGUCAAAGAUCGGAGAUACGGUGCUUCACAUUGAGCUUCGUCAAUGGGCUGAUAUUAUGGUAAUCGCACCAUUGUCGGCAAAUACACUCGGCAAGAUAGCAGGUGGACUAUGUGACAACUUGCUGACAAGCAUAAUUCGAGCGUGGGAUUAUGAAAAACCGAUAUUCGUAGCGCCAGCUAUGAACACGUAUAUGUGGACGAAUCCUUUCACUGAACGGCAUCUUAUGACGGUUGAUGAACUUGGAAUUAUUCUUAUACCCCCAGUGUCGAAAAGGCUUGCUUGUGGAGACUACGGAACCGGUGCAAUGGCCGAGCCUUCACUCAUCUUCAAUACUGUAAGACUCUUCAUGGAAUCCCGACAAAAUGCAAGUGGUGGUAGAACACAAUGAGUUUCGUUUCGGUUUUAGUGUGAUGAAAUAGCUUUAAUGACUUUAUUAUGAACAUCGUUUUUAAGGAUCUAGAUUAUGUUUCUUGAAGCAUUUGAAAAAUAUGGAUGUCCAAAGUAUCAUAGAGUAAGCCUUACAAAAAAGGCGGGUCGGAUAAUGGGUUGAAAUAGGUUGUUUUAGAAAAGAAG